AUGCAAAAGAACACUGCGGAAAACGAGAAUACGAAUGACCCCAUGAAAGAUAUGAAGGAUGGAAAGGGGAACGGAAAAGCGAACGACCUGAACGAUGACAACGUUUAUAUUUUCGAUGAGCCGGAUGAUGAGUUGGAGGAGUUCGAAGAGAUGGGUAGCACAGCCCAUAACAUAGAUACCGAUCUGGAAAAUUGGGAAGAGGACUGGGGCGCAGCGGGAUGGGAUGAUGACGACGACGAUGAUGAUAAGUUCAUUUUGAAGGUGGAAUCUGAACUGCAGAAUUUCAAAGCCACCUUGGAUGCGGAGAGGGACAUGAAGAAGUGA